AUGAGUUUAUGGAACGCAAAAGAUGCUGAUGGAUUUCCCCAGGCUCCGAUUUUACCAGAAUUAUCAAGAGACGUGUGUUUGAAUCCAAAGGGUCUACGAUCAUUUUUACAAUUAUCAAGAGCAAACACAGAUGAUGUUGUAAAACAACGGUUGAAUUCAUUGUUGAACAGUGGCAAAAGACCAAAAGAAGAACUUUGUGAAGAAUUUACACAUGGUAUCAUGUAUAAGAGCUGGAAGGAUAGAUUAAGUGCUAUUGAGUAUUGUAAUGGACAAAGUGUUGAACUAGAAAGGGAAAUUGAAUCACAUCAAGAGGCGGAAUUACAAGGUAAGGAUAUUGAUCCAAGAAUAGAUCCUUAUGCAGCUGCUGAUUUCCAAGAAUUAAAGAAUUCAAAAUACAACCAGUUAAGACAACUGCAAAAUUGGGUUAAGAAUGAAAAAUUAAUCGAAGAUAUUGUUCAGAAUAGAAGUACAGGAAUUUUGAAUGAUGUUUGUGUUUCUUCUCGUCUAGCAAAUCAAUUCCAAGACUGGAGCGCAUCUCAAAAAUGA